GGUAAAGGUUACUGGGUGUCAGAGAGAGCCAGGGAAGAAGAACGGAGAGAGGAUCUUAUUUUAUUGUGGGGGUUGGGCUGGGAAUGCUUGUCUGGUCGGCGAGUUGCUCACAUGCAAAGAAACGUGCCUCCUUCAUUUGCUGAAAGAGACCCAGUAGCCUCUUCCCAGCAUAACAGAAGAUAAAAGCAGGCUACUAAGGCGAGGAGGGACCAAGAGAAAGGAAGAAAACUUCUCAUUGGCUGGUUUUCUGGAUCUAAUUCCCAGAGACCAGGCCAAAGGAAGAGAGGAGGGAUGAGCGAAUUUGGGUUUCGAGGAAUCAGCUUGCCUCCUUGUCUUCCGUCUGGCUCUGCGUUGGAACUUGGAAGGACCAGGGGAUUCAUUGAAGUUUGUGGUGCUUUUGUUUUCUGAUUUGGUUGGAAGACUUUUAUGUGUUCUGCGAUUUCUGUGAUUGCUGAAUUGGUGGUGGUCUUUGGAGAUUGAAUUGUGGGGGUGGCGACCGCGACAAUCGGUGGCUGAAAGGCGCUUGUUGCGGUGAGUUGACCAGGUAUGGUGUUCCUGCAGUUGAUGCUUACUAGGGAACAUGAUUCUGCGGUGAUUUGACCGGAUAGUUGCGAGAAUCAGAAGCAUGAAUUCCAGAAAGACGAAUGGUUAUGAGAAAGAACCACCAUUUGAAGAACAACAAAGAAAGAUCAAUGAAAUUCGGCAGUUAGUAGCACCAGUUUCAGGAAGAUUGGCCAUCUAUUGUACUGAUGCUCAGAUAUUAAGAUAUCUGAGAGCAAGGAACUGGAACAUCAAGAAGGCAGUGAAAAUGCUAAAAGAAUCCUUGAAAUGGAGGCACAGCUACAAGCCGGAGGAGAUUUGUUGGGAUGAUGUAGCCCAUGAAGCUCAUACUGGCAAAAUCUACAGAUCUGAUUUUACUGAUAAGAGUGGUCGGACUGUUCUUGUCAUGAGACCUGGUGUCCAGAAUACAAACUCCAUCAAGGGACAGAUCAAGUAUCUCGUGUACUGUAUGGAGAAUGCUGUUCUAAAUUUACCUCCAGACCAGGAACAGAUGGUGUGGCUCAUUGAUUUUAAAGGCUUUAACCUGUCCAAUAUAUCUGUUAAAGUGACAAAGGAAACUGCCCAUGUGCUACAAGACCAUUACCCAGAAAGGCUGGGUUUGGCCAUCUUGUACAACCCACCAAAGUUCUUUGAAUCCUUUUGGACGGUGGUGAAACCCUUUCUGGAGCCCAAGACUGCCCGCAAAGUAAAGUUUGUUUACUCUGAUGACCUGGGAACGAAGAAGAUACUGGAGGACCUUUUUGAUAUGGAGAAACUGGAGUGUGCUUUUGGCGGGCAAAAUGAGGCAGGUUUCAACAUCACCCAGUAUGGUGAGAGGAUGAGGGACGACGACAAGAAGCGGCUGCUUUUGUGGAAUGUGGAGAACAAUUCAUCUGUUGCAUCCUCUGCAGAAGGCAUCUCAAAUCUGCUUAUAGACAACUCCCAGUCAGAUUCAUCUGAUGAAUGUGGCGAGAUUUCAGAGAAUUCAUCCCAUGGCAUUACUUCAGCAACUCAGUCAUCGGAAAAUAGCUUGCUGGUUAAUGAUGUAAAUAACAGCUGCAGUGAUGCAGAGCAACAGCCAAAGAGCGGUAAUGGUAACACAUCUUAGUUGCCACCGGAUCCUGAGAGCCUGGACGCCCACAACCAGAUCCUGCAGCAGCCACUCAAAUCAGAGGACAGCGAUUGAAAAUAGCCAACCUCACAAAAUAAAUGGCAUGUAUGCUGAAUGUGUUGCUGGUGCAAAAUAUGUUGGCAUAUGCAUUGAAACGUGCCCAUUUGCAGAAGUAUGCUAGACAAACCAACCCCACCCCCACCUAUUACUGAAUUUUGAUAUUGUGGAAUCCGAUCACAAUGUGAUACUUAUUAUAUGGGCACCAAACCGGUUGGAUUUGACUUCUUUUCAGCAAAUUGGCUGACAUCCGAACAAGGCCAGCGAAGAAAUCCAUGUUGAUAUCCUGAUAUACUAAGCUUAAUCACUGUGUUCGCAUUUAAAUCUGUUCGCUUGCAAGUUAUCUGAAA